AGAUAUCGGCCUCGAAUGCUAAUAUGCAGGCAUUAUGGCCAUAUCAUACGUAUCGACCAGUUACAUGGGAUAGGUAUUAUGUUAACGAAUAUCAAGAGAAGCAACCGUCGGUGAGCAGUGGAGUGGCGGCCGGAGUCACGAUAGGCAUAUUUUUUCUUGUUUUUCUAUUCACAUUUGGUUGUCGAAUCUAUAGCCAAUACAGUGAUCGAUCAGAAGCUCAGAAUACACGAAGUCAAGAAUCAGUCUUGAGCGAAUCUUUAGCAGAAGAUAUGUGGAUAUGUGCCCUGUCUAAGAUAGCAUUUCGAUGCUGGUUGACAGCAAAUGCGCUCAAGGAAUAUAACGUGUAACAAUAAGACGGUUCCCUCUUGAAAAACAUAUUACCCAUAGUACUUUCUCUUACAAAACGGAGCAAAAUAUGGUUCUCAGGUCUUUGAACUACGAGCACGCACACUUUGUUUUGGUAAAUAGAGUGCCUUUUUAAAUAUGUAAAUACGGUAUAAAUAGCAGGUCAAACUCUCGUUUUUGACCCUAACUCUACUCUCUGCCUUUAUGCACAUUGUUGUGAUUUGUAACGAAUUACAGGUUGACACUUCAUAUUAUUGUUUACAAAUUGAGACAUCAUUGAUCUCGUCUAUGUAAUUACCCGGACUUUGGAAUAAAGAGU